AUGACAUCAUUUGAUGCCCAGUCCAUUGCAAAUGAGCUGCAGCAGCAGAUUCAAAACAACGGUCUUGCAGAGCUUAAGUGUGUAGCACAAACAUAUGAUGGUGCAGCUGUCAUGAGUGGGACCACUGGAGGUGUACAAGCACACUUUAGAAGGCUCCAUCCUGAAGCUAUCUACAUGCAUUGUUAUGCUCAUGAACUCAACCUGGUGUUGUGCCAUACUUGCAAGGCCAUCCCAGAGGCUGUGGAGCUUUUCAGCUUGUUAGAGUGUGUUUACUCUUUUGUCAGCACCUCCCUAGAGGCAUACACAUCCUCACCCCUGCCACCCCUGGGAAGAUCUGACCAUGACCUGGUGCAACUUCUCCCCGUGUACAAGCCUCUUGUACACAGACAGCCAGCGUCCACCCACACAAAGAAGAUCUGGUCUGAGGAGUCGGUGGAGACACUGAAAGACUGCUUUGACACCACGACAAUAAGAGUUUUUGCCAACCACAAACCAUGGAUCACUCCGGACAAUAAGACCCUCCUCAAGGAAAAGAGGAGGGUUUUUAAGUUGGGGGACAGGGACCAGAUGAAAGCUGUGCAGAGAGAAUUGAGGAAGAAGACUAGAGAGGGGAAGGGCAGCUAUAGGAGGAGGAUGGAGGAACAGCUACAGCAGAAGGAUGUCAGUGGUGUCUGGAGGAGUCUGAAAACAAUCUCCGGACACAACAGCUCCAGACCUGUGCUGGAUAGGGACCAGGAGCGGGUGAAUGACCUGAACAGGUUCUUCAACAGGUUUGAGCAGCCAUUCUCCCCUCCCCCUACUCAGCCAGCCCUGCUGCAAUCUCCUCCCCCGACUGGAACAACAGCUGCCCCAAGGACUGACACCCCAACCCCCCUCCCUGCUGCUCCUCCACAACCCCCCAGCCCACUCACCACCCCCGCGUCCAGUGUGGCUCUCUCUACAGCACAGGUAGAGAGAGAACUGUCCCGGCUGAAGGUCAAGAAGGCAACAGGCCCAGAUGGCAUCAGCUCAAGGCUCCUCAAACCACAGUUUGUGAGGACACAAGGCUGUGUGUCUGAGACGGUGAUCUGCAGCACAGGGGCACCUCAAGGAACUGUUCUGGUUCCUCUCCUGUUCUCCAUCUACACAGCAGACUUCACCCACUACACAUCAAACUGCCACCUGCAAAAGUUCUCGGAUGACUCUGCCAUCGUCGGUCUCAUCAACAACGGAGACGAGAAAGAGUACCGAGAACUGAACCAGAACUUUGUGGCCUGGUGCCGGCAAAACUGCCUCCGGAUUAACGCCGGAAAAACCAAGGAGCUGGUGGUUGACUUUUGCCGGCACAAAAUCACCCCUCCCUCUCCAGUGAACAUCCAGGGAAUGGACAUCAAGAUAGUGGACUCCUACAAGUACCUUGGUGUUCACCUGAGCAAAAACCUGGACUGGACUGUUAACACUCGGGCUCUGUACAAAAAGGGUCAGAGCAGACUCCACCUGCUGCGCAGACUGAGGUCCUUCGGUGUACAGGAAGGCCUCCUAAGGACUUUUUAUGACUUGGUGGUCUGCGGUGUGGUCUGCUGGAGCAGCAGCAUCACGGCAGCCGAGAGGAAGAGUCUCAACAAGCUGGUGAAGAAGGCCGGCUCCGUCCUGGGCUGCAGUCUCGAUCCUGUGGAAGUGGUAGGUGACAGGGGGAUGAUGACAAAGCUGUCAUCAUACAUGGACAUUACCUCCCACCCUCUGCAUGGGACUGUUAAAGCCCUGGAAAGUGCCAUCAGUGCCAGGCUUCUUCAUCCACGCUGUUCCAAAGAGAGGUAUCGCAGGUCCUUCCUCCCCUCUGCUGUGAGACUCUACAACCAGCUGUGUUCCCAGUAG